GUUUGGCUUUAGGUGUACACGUUGCUAGGCAACACUGCGACCAACUCCAACAGAAACAAAGGCUUCGUUUUCCGCCACUGACUGAAUGAAACACCGAAAAGUCACAGCGAUGGCAGCUGAACACAUCACGGGGCUGAAGCGGAAAAUCAGACUGCUCGAGGUGGAGAGAAAAGCGUGCUAUGACAGACAUGAAGCUGCCAUCAUGAAGAACCAGGAGCUGAUCCAUCAGCUGAGGGAGGACAACAGGAGGCUGCACAGGAAGCUGGCAGGAGCUCAUGCUCGUGAUGAGCAGGUGAUCAGAGCGGCCUUUCAAAACAGAGCAAGGGAGAGGGAAUCCAACCGCAACAAGUCUGUGAAGGAGAUCAUUGGAACACUAGACGACUGCGUGCUAUCCAACAGGAAGCGUCUUAAUGCCCUAAAACAUGGCACUGAGCUCUAUGAGAGGCGCCGUGAAGAGCUGAAGAUGGAGUACCGGAGAAUGAAACCAGAGCACAGUGUAGCGCCCCCUGGUGUGCGCACUUUGAAAAAAGAGGAGAAUGCCAUGAACUUGCGGGUCCUGGAGAACAGUCUGGAAAAAAGCCAGUUUAAGUGCAAGGAGGCCGAGAACAUCAUGAUUGACUACCUGAAAUUAAAGAGUCACUUACAGGAUGAGAGUCUGGCGUAUCAGAGCCAGCUCGACACUCUGCAAGCAGAAAUCCUGAAGCACAGAGAGGAGCUUCGCAGUCUGCAGGUCGUGAAUACUGACAGCCAGCUCUCCAAAGAAGCUGCUAAGGCUGAGUUGCAGCAGCAGGAGGAGCUGCUUCACAAGGAGUGUAAGGAGAGGGACCAAGUGAUAGCAAGCUACAGGAAAAAGGUUGAUGAGCGCAAGGCCCAGGCUGCAAAAGUUGAGAGAAGGGUACAGCGAGCAGCCGUGCAGCUGGAUGAACUAAGCAGUGAGGUCCAGCACAGCACCACCAGGAUGCUGGCUGAAGAGGAGAAAGACAUUUCGACUGCUGAGGAGGCCUUCAGACGCAUCAAAGAGGCCACUGGGAUCACCAAUAUACAGGAAUUAGAGGAGCACUUUACUUCUCAGAAGGAGACACGUCGACAUCUGGAGAGGCGGCGGGAGGAGAACGAGNAGGUCCUGCUGCAGCUGAAGGAGCAGAAGGAGCUUCUGGAGCAACAGUCUGAAGAGAUGAAAUAUUCUGGGGAGGCUAAACUCUCCAGCCACCAGCAGACGCUGCAGGAGCGUGAGCAGCAGCUGCAGGCUGAGCAGCAGAGGUGCGAUGAAGCCGAAGAGCAACUGGAUCGGCUUGUGAAAACCCUCGGUGCCGUCCGACACGGAGUUGAGCACCUGGCAGACCAUCUUCAGCACAUCUCACUGGAUGAGCACACAGUUCCCAACAUGCAUCCAGACUCAGAGGACUUUGUGGUGCUGGAGCUGAUGGCCCAGUGUGAGCAGAAAUUGGAGUCCCUGCAGAAAGAGCUUGAGGGGAUGGAUGUGGCAGCUAUAAUGAAGGAGAUGGAAGAAAAGGAGUUCUACGUCAGGAUUGAGGGGAAACACAGCACCCAAGUCAAGCCACCUGAGGAUCAAGCGGAAGAUCCCUACAGUGAUGAGGACAAGAGUGACAAGGACGGGGCUCACGUCAUCUCUCGUGAGGCACUGAAGCGUCAAUCUCAGCUAAUCGUCGACUCCAACUCAAAAAGAAAGGCCCAGAAGAAGAGGAAGGGCAAGUUUUAAUCCGACGGCAUCUCCAAACUCUCCCAAAAUAAAGCAGUGAUGUGUAAAACGGGAUGAUUUUAA